AAUGUGUUGCAUCUUGUAAAAACACGAAAUGACAGCUAUCGAGACAACGAGACCUCGCAGAUCAAUGGGUCUCUUUAACAAUAUCAAGUUUUUUGUACUGUGUCAUGGGAUGCUACAACUUGCUCAGCUCCUGGUAUCUGGUUAUCUGAAGGGCUCCAUAACCACUAUUGAGAGACGAUAUGGAUUUUCCAGUCAGAUGUCAGGACUACUAGCAGCCUUCAAUGAGGUGGGGAACACGGUUCUCAUCGUGUUUGUGAGUUUCUUUGGGAGUCGCGUACAUCGGCCGAGAUGUAUUGGAAUCGGAGCAAUGAUCGCUAGCAUGGGGGUGUUCCUUAUAGCACUACCUCACUUCAUUGGUGGAGAGUACAAGUACACAGGCUUCAAUAGCAACACCAAAGACAACAGCUCGGGUCUUUGCCAAUCACAGAACAUUUCCCCUGAGGAAGAAUCUAAUCAGAAAUGCUAUACAAAGAAGACUGGCACUGUAGUGUAUCCAAUAUUUCUACUGGGCCAGUUACUGCUGGGCAUUGGCGGUGUCCCCAUACAACCUUUUGGGAUUUCCUACAUAGAUGAUUAUGCAGAAAAGAGGAGUUCACCCUUCUACCUAGGCAUACUUUUCGCAAUUACUGUAAUUGGGCCGGCAUUUGGCUACAUGAUGUCAUCUGUCCUCCUUCGUUUCUUUGUUGAUAUUGAGAAGAUAUCUCCAGAUAAAAUACUUCUGAAAAAUGAUGACCCCAGAUGGGUUGGAGCUUGGUGGUUGGGAUUCUUGAUAGCUGCCACCCUCCUUCUCCUGACUUCUUUGCCAUAUCUGUUUUUCCCUAAGAAGAUAUCCAGAGAGGAAAUCGAAGAAACGCCUGCAGAGCCAUCAACAGAGAAAAUUAUGGAAGACAAGAAGCCUGGAACUGACUCGAUGGAAGAGGUUUCUCUCACUGAGUUCCUAAAAAGCUUCCCCAAAAUAAUCAGGAGGACUCUGCAGAACCCAAUUUAUUUGUUGGUAGUGUUGGCUCAGGUGAAUCUUGCUGCCAUGGUUGCGGGACUUGCCACUUUCAUGGGCAAAUUCAUAGAGAAGCAGUUUGCACAAACUGCCUCCUUUUCUAAUAUGAUGAUGGGUGGCAUAAAUAUUCCUUCAGCCAUGGUAGGCAUAAUGGCUGGAGGGGUUAUACUACGCAAGUUAGGUCUGACUGUCAGGUCCUCAGCAGCGAUGUGUACGGUAGCAGUUUUGGUUAGCUUUAUGUUUGCAAUUCCUCUUCUCUUCAUCGGCUGCCCCACACAAAACAUUUCUGGAAUCAAUGUAUUUGACUCUCAGCAGUGCAGCAAUGCAUGUUCCUGUUCUGAAGAAGCCUUCAAUCCUGUGUGUGGCUCAAACGGAGUGGAGUUUCGCUCUCCCUGUCAUGCGGGAUGUAAGAUAGUAUUAUCCAAUUCAGUUAAAGUUUUGAACUACACAGAUUGUGGAUGUGUGUCAUCAACUGGUCCUCCAGGCUUUGCGUCACCAGGACCAUGUAAAAAUAGUUGUAUUACUCGCCUAAUUCCCUUCAUGAUCCUGUCUUCCAUCACAUGCUUUGUGGCUUCACUUUCACAUACUACAUCCUUUAUGAUGAUCCUCAGGACUGUGACUCCAGAAGACAAGUCUUUUGCCUUGGGAAUUCAAUUCAUGCUGUUUAGAGUACUCGCAUUUCUCCCAGCACCAGUGUUGUAUGGCCGCGCAAUCGAUACUGCAUGCAUUCUGUGGGGAAAGAAAUGUAAUAAGACAACAUCAUGUCAGUACUACGAUUUAGACCUUUUCAGACACAGAUUCCUGGGACUCCAGAUAUUCUUUAUAUUCGGUGGCUUCGUCUGUUUCUGCCUGUCUUUUAUUGUGCUUUGGAGGAUAAAAUCAACCCAGCAACAGAAUGAGAAAAUGAACAACCAGAUGAAAAGUGAAAGUUCCCAAGAAAUGAAAGAUGCCAAACAGAUGGUUAGCAACUCCAGUGGACGCUGCAACACACAAAUGGUCCUUAGAGAGUAAAGACAGAAGGUGAAUACAGAAGAAAUGUUGAGAUUCUCAGAUUUCCAUAAUACAACUACUCAAACAGGCCAAGUUUCUGACACAGGACGACACCAGACUGUGAACACACUCAUUUCUACAAACAGCUGUCAUCAAUCAGACAUAAUAAUGCAAGGAAGCAAAGUCCACUUUAAAAUACAUGUUAUUGUUUCUGUAUUAUCUCUGGCAGUAAGCCUAAAAUAUUUUCCUUGCUUUUCCUUUGAGUCUAUAUAUUUUGUUUGUGAGCACUCAGUUGUACUUUACACAUUAUAUAUGCUAACAAUGUGAAAAUCUGAGUAGUGUAAUAUGAACUCAUUACUUAGUGUAGACAAAGAGCCAAGUAUGUCUAUAUAUA